UUUCGACGCUAAACACAGGAACUUAUUUUGCUUUUUAGCUGCUUAAACCCGUGUUAAAACACUAGCUGGUAUCAUAUUGUUGUUGAUUAUAUGUCGAAAUAUAAAAUAAGACACGAGAUAAUUAGUUUAUAGUAGAUUAUACAGUUAUAUAAAAUCAUUUUGGAUAGUGGGUCGGUCAUCUGAUGAACUGUCAAAGUCAGUUUGUGCUACAGCAACAGCUGAGUGUCGGUUAUAUUGAUACUGCGCAUCGGAACUAAACCAGGACUAAUUAGCAAAAGCUGAUGUGACAGGAGAACCAACAGGAAAAAGAUGAAAGAUGAUGACAGAUUCAGAUGGUUAAAGCCUGUCUGAUCAGAUUGUUGCCACUGUAAAUUAUACAUCAACUUUUGUUUUAGUUUUGUUUAUACAAAACUGACAGAUCAUGAAUACAUCUUGGACACUGAAGCGAAAACUGCAGAGAGAAUUGGAUGAAAGGGUGCACACCAGUUUCCAGAGAGUUUUGCAUGUGACACCAGAUUUAAUCAAUCGCCUUGGUUUGGAAAAAGAACUAGAGGGUCACCAAGGAUGUGUAAAUUGUCUAGAAUGGAAUUCAACUGGCACGCUUCUUGCAAGUGGAUCAGACGAUGUUCAAGUUUACAUAUGGGAUCCAUUUCUAUACAAAACACGUGCCAUAGUGCGGACUGGUCACCAAGGAAACAUUUUCACGGUUAAGUUCUUACCAAGCUCCAACGAUGGAGUUCUCGUUACCGGUGCGGCAGACUGUAAGAUUCGUGUCCACGACAUCGCGAUGCAGGAGACGACACACGUGUUCAGCUGUCACGCAGGGCGAGUCAAGAGGGUGGCCACUGCACCUAACAUCCCAUUCAUGUUUUGGAGUGCUGCAGAAGACGGAACUAUUAUGCAGUACGACCUGAGAAGUCCAGAAAGCAGUCAGAGCAAUCCACGGAAUGUUCUAGUUAAUCUGAACGCACACAUGGGAGAGUAUGCUGAAGCUAAAUGUCUUGCCAUCAACCAGUUGAGACCUGAACUCUUUGCUGUUGGUGCUAAUGAUCCGUACGUGAGAAUGUAUGAUCGCAGAAUGUUAACACCCAGAAGCAUGAAGUUUCCUGGAGAUGCCAGCAGCAGGACUGCAUGGGAAAACCUCAAUUUGAUGAAUACAUUAUUCUCACCCGAUGAGUUUGGUUUACCAUCUGACUGUGCAGACUUUUAUGUAGCAGGGCACUUGCCUCAGAAGCAGUCGGACUACAAGAAGAAAUAUCGGACCCUUGCUGCGACCUAUCUGACGUUCAGUCCAGACGGCAAUGAGUUGCUGGUUAAUCUCGGUGGUGAACAGAUCUAUCUGUUCGACAUAAACAGGAAGAGAAACGCCCUCAAGUUUGACACAAGUCAGUUUGCCAAGUCAAGUGUUCCAGUUAAAGAAACAGCCUGCCCUCCUACAAAUGGUUUUAAUAUUCAUCGAAAUGGCACGACAAAUGGUGUCAGCAAACACUCUGUUCUUCCAAGUACAUCGACUAGUACACCAUCGGUGCUGGUUCGAGAUGUGGAGGACGAGAAACAGAGACCAGGAAAAAGACACAAACCAGAUUCCAGAAAUCUUGGUUAUUUUGUGGAAUCAUUGAAGAAGAGAGCCAACAGUUGUUUUGAGAAGGAGCAAUACACCAAAGCUAUAAUGUUGUACAAUAAAGCUUUGGCAAUGGCAACACAUGCAGCUGUACUGUAUGGCAAUAGGGCAGCAGCAUACAUGAAGAGAAAGUGGGAUGGAGACUUGUAUGCAGCAUUACGAGACUGCCACUGUGCCUUGCGACUUGAUGGUAAUCACCUGAAAGCUCACUUUCGCUUAGCCAGGUGUCUGUACGAGCUAGCCUGGCCACAGGAGGCUCUCAACUGUUUGCAGCACUUCAAGACAAAGUUUCCUGAUUAUGCCAAGAGCCACGCUUGCGAGGCACUAGACCGAGAUAUUAAAGCCGCUAUAUUUUCUUGUACAGAUGUGGAAGUGGGAGCUUCCAAAAGUGAUGAAACGUCAAACAAAAGACGAGCCCCAACUCUGUCUGAACAGGAGAAAGUUUGGCGAAAUAAGGCAUACGAUUAUGAAUUCCGAUUCUGCGGUCAUUGUAACACAACCACCGAUAUCAAAGAAGCUAACUUUUUUGGAAGCAAUGGUCAGUACAUUGUUGCUGGAUCUGAUGAUGGGUCUUUCUUCAUCUGGGAGAAGGAAACCACCAACAUAGUCCGUGUUCUCAGGGGAGAUGACUCCAUUGUCAACUGUCUGCAGCCACACCCUAGCUACUGCCUUCUAGCAACGAGUGGCAUUGAUCCAGUGGUUCGAUUAUGGAGUCCGAAAGCAGAGGAUGGCAGUAAAAAUGAGCGUGAGAUUGACAACUCUGAUGAUGCUGCAUCAGCCAAUCAGAAGAGGAUGAAUGCCGACCCCUUGGAGGUCAUGUUGAUGAACAUGGGCUAUCGAAUUACGGGCUUUCUCGAUGUGGACGAGGAUGAAGGGGAGAGAUCUGAUAACCCAGUGAACUGUCGACAGACAUAAUGUGUAGCUGUGUUCCAGUAAUAUCAAGUCUUUAAAAAAAGACUGUUGUUUUCCUAUUGUUGUGUUAAAACAACUGUAAAUGUGAUGAUGUACAGAUAACGGCACAUUUACAGUGGAUGUUUUAACCAGUGUUGUGACUGAACCCAUGUUGACUGUUUGUUUUUCAUUUCCUAAUAGAUAAAACACCCUCAAAAUACAUCACAGUUGAACUUUGUUUUUAACUAACUGUCCUCUUUAAGUAUUAGAAAGUGGCCUCUGAAGGUAGAUGACUGCUUAAUAUAGUUCAAUUUGUACUAUUAAACGAUUUGAAAAGAUUACGGUGGUCUUUUAGGCAAUAACUGCUCAACAAAGUUUCGACUGUGUUUGUAAAUCUUUAGAGAGUUCCCCAGUUUACAAGCAAUCAACCAUCAGUAAAAGACCUGGCUACAGAUUUCAAAAGCUAUCUUAACCCAAAGAUAUCGUAAAACUGUCAUAGACUAUGAUGUCACUAUGACACAUACCAUAGCCUACAAUGGUUUUACAAUAUCAUAGCACUAAGAUGGCUUUGAAAAUAUGAGCCCUGGAGAAUUAGAUGUUUUUCAUACUUUCAUUUAGAAUCUUGCAGAUGAAAAUAUACAGGAGAUUGGGUUGGAUUUUGAAAUGCUGAAAAAAAUGACCUAUAUUUAGGUGUUGUGUAGAGAUUUCAGCAUUUUAAAGAUCAUUUCAGCUGUUAUUUUUAAAUGGGUUUCGCAUCUCUGCUUUUAUUUGGAUUAAAAAUGACAUCUACACCACAGACAACUUAAAUGCUGAGAGUUAAUGUAGCUAAAAUAGAUUCCUUUUAUCUGUGAAGUGAUGUACAUUAAUUUUAUACUAGUCACCUUUUUUGUGCAUAGCUUUAAUCUAAGUAAGGUUGUGUCUACAAACGUUACCUAAUGGUAUGUGUUAUGCUUGCUUCAUUAUUUUAAUACAUUAUUGAUUACUCGGUAAAAUUAAAAUCAUUUCCUUCUUGAGGCUAUCCUUGAUAAAAACAUUUUGAUUUUCAGAAGGGUGGUCACUCAUAAUUUAUUCAAUAUGUAUAUUAUACUGAAUCAACUGAGAGCACCCAUGAAUUGGGGGAAUUUUUCAUUCAAAUCUUGUAUUGGUAAAAAUAAAAAUAUUAUGACUGAAAAGUUAAAUAUUUUCAGGUUACAGAAAAUGAACUCAUUUGUAGCAUGUAUGUUACAAAUUCAAUGUGUAAAUUGUGAUGAUAAAGCAAGAUAUAUUUUAAUAAAACAUAGAGAACUGUUAAAAUAUUAGCAGGCUUGAUUUAUUACAGAUAUGUAGCUUUUAUAUGAUGGUAGCUUUUUACAAAUAUGUGACCAUAUGUAUUCAGUCUGAUGUUUAAAUAUUUAUUAUCUCAGAUUUGCAAAUGAUUUGUUAUUUUAACAUAAUGCUUUCUUAAUUUGAAUUUGUUGAACAGAUUAGCAAAACAAAGUAGAAAGUAUUCUUUAAAGGGUCACAAUGUUAUCUUGUAGAUGGGUUUUUGAAACCUGACAAACUUUAAAACAGUUCCAUAAGACUUUUGUUAGUAUCUAAAGGUCUGUUUACACAUAACUUUUUCACAAGCAUACAAAAUGCACUCUAUUUUGCUACCUCAGCCCUCCACACCCAUGUUGCUUUUGCAAGCCUAGAGCUACAUUUGUUGGUUUUGUUUUAAAAGCGUACACUGACAUUAAAGGGACAUUCCCGAGUUUGCACCAUUGUAAGCUGUUUCCGACUAAUAAAAUAUUUCUACGAUUAAACAUACAUAUUAAAUAUAUU